GAAUUGGAAGCGUACAAGGACAAGGCCGCCCGCCUCUGUUCUGCCCUGUUGAAUAAUCAAACGCACCCCUCUUCAGCUUGUGCAACUGCUACAGGUUUGUUCUUCAUGUUGGUUAGCUAGCAAAGCGCCACUUCGCAACGAUGGGUUAAUGAAACAGACUUCAUCGUACGACGUGUGAACAACAGCAGUGGUCUAGACCUACUUUAUUUUGUCGCUAUGUCCUCCAGAAAGCGCAAACGGUACUCAAAGGAUAUGCAGUGUGUUCUCUUUCCGGAUGAUGUCGAAAAUGGUGUCCAGAAAGUGGGGAGAGAUCCAUCAACGCUUUCAUCCGUGUCUUCAGCCAAGAGUUGGGAGAAGUGUGGAGACAGCUUUCUGGGCACUCCGGUGAUAAAGAACCUCAAGUCAUCAGGAAGAAAACUAUCUGCCCUAAGAAAGUUGGCGCAGACCCCAGCUUUGGUGCAGACCAGUGCCGUUCAGUGUAAUGAGGACGCAUUGCAUAUUGCGUGGAGCUCCAGUGACGGUGAACAGUGUGACAAUGAGACCCAGGAGCCGCAUCCGUCCAGGGCUUUUGCACUGCAGCAACAAUGUCCUCGUAGACCAGGGAGACCCACAGCUCCCAUCCAGUCCUACACCAGAGAACUGCGCAUGCUCAGCACCGACAAAGAUGACCUUCCUGUUAUAGACACAGACAGCGAUCUGGAUGAGUCUGAGGAGGAUGUUGAAAAGGACAGUGGGCAACAAAUCUCUGACUGUGAGUCCGAGUCCUUCAGUGAAAAGCAGAAAGAUCUACUGCUUAAACCUACAAAUGUGACAGAGCUAGAGCUCUCAGGCUACGUGUCUGAUGGAGAAAAUAUUGGUGACACAAUGACCCGGAACAGACUGGACUCAGAGAGCUCUCCUCUCCAAGCUGGUGAGGGCAGCAGAAGGUCAGUCAGUGACUGGGUCAGAUAUGCUCAGGCGAUGCUGCAGACACCUCAGAAGCCGCUUGACAGGCAGUCCAAGACUCCUCAAGACUCUGCCAAAAAGAAAAAGUUUCAAAGUGGAGGUCUUGCUGAGAGGCUCAAUCGACUCCAGUGCAGACAGAGGUCAGCUAUUAGUUUCUGGAGGCACCAGUCCAUCUCUGACACCUCAACAACAACAGUGGACAGGCCUGGUGUGCUGGUGUUGGAGGUGCUGGAGGUUCAGGAGGAGUGCAGCAUGCAACUAGUGCACUGUGAGCACCACCAGCCCCCUGGAGAGGGCCACCAACACAGUCACCCUGUCUCUGAGGAGAGAGCCUGUGUGCUGGUUUUAUUCAAUAGAGAGACUGCAGCCCAGCUGAUUCCUGCACCCAGAGAUAUCAUCCACAUAUACCCGCCAUGGCAAAGUCUUUCAAUAGAGGGUUUCAGCCGUGACAUUAUUCUGAACACACACUUCAGCCAGAAAGUCUUCUCUGCUUCCAAACCUGCCAAUGUGGCCAUCUCAAGAAGCCUGCUCUCAGCAAAGAAGUGCAUGCCGUAUUAUUUGGGUAAAAUAUUCAGACUGCUGGAGGUCUGCAGGACCGGCGAAGAGAGCAAUGCCAAACAGGUAGCUGUCCCUGAUGCUCUGUGCAGUUUUGGAGGUUCAGGGGUUUUGACAAGACACUGCCUUUCUCUCCUGGAAGCUAUCGAGGGACUGGGCCAGGCUGGCUCUGUGGGGCAGGAUGUGGAGGUGGUGGUCCAGAGAGUUUUCUCCAUCCCUCUGCCUGACUGCUUUGCUGUGUCCAUCCUCAAAUCCAGAGUUCUUUCUAGGUCCUCCUCAGCUCCUCCUCCUGCAGAGAAAGGGAAAACCAGGCUGUGUGUUCUUGUCCAGGACAGUUAUGGCAUGUUCAGCGUGGUCCAGCUGCACCUCCUGCCCUGCAAGGACGACCUCUUCCAGUACUGCCAGAAGUGGCAGGGGAAGACCUGUGUGCUGAGAGGCGUUAAAGUGGUGCAGCGGGUCACUCGAGAAAGGCGCAUCAGGCUUUUCAGCUUGAUCGACAGUCUCUGGCCCCCAGUGAUGCCUCUCAAAGAUCAUGGAAACACACCAAGCACAUCCAAUGAGAGCAGACCUGCAGGUCCAGCUCUGAGUUUCUGCUACCUGCUCUCAGGUCAGGAGACCUCUGUUGAACCCACUGAGGGGGAGACUGUGUCCACACUUUACCUUCCCCCCACAGUACGAACCUUACGAGACAUACUGCAGAGUGAGAUGAAAACCUGUCGCUGCAGUUUUGUUGCCACUGUUAUAUACAAGAGAAUGCAGAGCAGCGAUUUAGGCCAGGGUGAGGUUUGGUUGAUGCUGACAGACCCUAGUCUUCAAGAGGAGCAGCCCGAAAGGCCAUGCAGGCGAACAGUGGCCCUGUGUGUGAGCACUUCCUGUGUGCUCACUUCCUCUGUCCUCGAAGCACUACAUUCACCCCCUGCCUGUCUCAUGUCGUUCAGAGAUGCCAUCAAAGAACAUGGCGUCCUCCUGUGUGUGGAGCAGUCAGUUGUUGAGCUGUGCUGUGUUGAGCCUGAAGGCAGCCUCCAGUCCACAACCAGGCCGGAGUUACUUUCACAGUUGAAGACCCUGCCCCGACCUGUGAGACUGGAUCCCGUGAGUCUGGAGACCACACCCAACUCCCUCUGUACUCUCGCAGGGGUGAUAGUUGGUGUGGAUGAGAACACAGCUUAUUCCUGGCCUACCUGCAAUUACUGUGGAAGUGACGACUUAGAGAUGUUAGCUGAAAGGCCUCAAAACUUUCGCUGUGUUUCUUGUAAGUCAGCGGUGGACAAGCCAGACACAAAGAUUCAAAUGGAAGUGUUUCUGAGCUCUUCUUCAUUAAGCGAUUGCACUUUAAAGGUUAAGCUGCAGAAAAAGACGAUCAUGUCCAUUCUGAACACCGCAGCACUGGAGGGUAAUGAGUUCCCAGGUUACGAUGUGGAGAGCGUCUUGGGAAAAGAGGUGGGCCCCCUUGCCGUUUACGUCCGAGUCGUCACCAGGAAACCGUCCCUCUGGAUCGGCCUGGAAGAAAUCUGGCUCUAAAGGCUGUCAGGGCAAGUAGCUAAUGAUAUCAAUCCUCAGGCUUCAGCUGGCUCCAAGGUUCUGCAUGCACACUAGGCCUUGGUCUGAGCCAGUUCAGCCCCCUCUCCUCCCCACUGAAGGCCUCCCUGACAGCUUGAGGCUGCGCUGAAGUGAACAGGCUGCAAGAAGACAAGGUCUUGUUUGUGUUAAUGAUAUGUGAUCCUGUGGACCAGGAGUUGACAGCCCAAGGGUAGACCAGUGGCAUGCAGUCUGUCAAAGUGGCCCACGUGGUUCCUUAACUUGGAUGUGACUUUCAGGAGAGAACUUUUGAGUGUAAACACAUGUUUAAGUGGUCUAAAAACCUUUUUCCAAACAUGUCAUCUACCUCUGUAUUUAAGAUCACUGACACUGUGUCAAUAAACAUAUUUUU